CAGCCACCAUCCCAUCAGCCGACGCAAUCGGAAUGUACACGGCCCUUUGACGCUCCAGGGGUCCGCUGCCAGGACGCACUUUGUGCACUGUCGCUCCCUUGUUUGACGACCACGAUGAAGCAUACGAGCGAAGACGAGGUUGUCAUUCAGAACCCUGCGCCCAGCACGGACGAUCUAUAUGUUUGUGGCCCUUGGCGCGCCUGGAGCACGGUCUUCGGGGCCUGGUUACUACAGUUUAGUGUCGUUGGAUACAUGUCCGCGUUCGGGGUGAUGCAAAGUUACUACUCCAAAGACAUCCUCGCGAACGAGUCGGCAUCUUCAAUCAGUUGGAUUGGCAGCAUACAGCUCUUCCUGGACCUGUGCUUGGCGGCGGGAGCAGGCCACUUACUGGAUCGAGGCUAUUUUAGACAUUGCGUGGUAUCUGGAAGCCUCAUCUUUGUUUUCUGUCUCUUCAUGUUAUCCCUUGCCCAACGGGAUCACUACUAUCAGUUCCUACUCGCACAGGGAUUCGGGAUGGGAACUGGUGUGGGUUUGAUUUAUCUGCCGACGUGUGCGAUAGUGUCACAACACUUCAAGCAACGCAAAGCAUUUGCUAUGGGUCUAGUGGGAUCCGGCGGUUCGCUCGGUGCUGUCGUGUUCUCGAUCUCACUGAACUAUCUACUGAACGGGAGUUUGACGUUUGGCUGGGCAAUCCGAGUCACGGCGUUCAUCGUGACUGGUCUCCUUUUGCUGGGAAACCUCCUCAUGUUCAAACCCACGACAUUAGCUAAACAUGACGUACAGAAUGCCGAGUCAGAGCAGCCUCGGGGUGAUUCCGCGGACAUCACAGAUGAGAAGAAAGAAUCGCCUGCAAAUACGCCUCCCACUCUUCAGAAGGAAUCUAGUAAAGACGAAGGCUCAUCAAGUGCUACACCUGCUCGUGUGCCAUUCUGGGACACGAAAUACAUCCUGUUUCUGAUCGAUGGCUUCUUGUAUGGUUUGGGGAUGUGGUUCCCGUCAUACUAUGUGCAGCUAUACGCUGAACAGCAUGGGAUCAGCGAAAAGCUCUCCUUCUACGCGCUCGCGAUCAUGAAUUUUGCCAACAUGGUUGGCCGGAUCUUGCCCAACUGGCUCGGAGACAGGUUUGGUGUGCUGGAUAUCUACAUACCGUGUGUCUUAGCUUCAGGUGGUAUUGUGUUCGCGACGUUUGGUUGUUCGACGCCGUAUGGCCUUGUGCUCUUUACGAUAUUUUACGGUUUCUUCUUCGGAACGGGUGUAUCAUUGUAUCUACCGGUCGUCUCAUCAAUCAGCAAAGAUGGCGUCGACAUUGGCAAACGUAUGGGCAUAUCCCUUUUCCCAGUAGGCAUAGCCUCGCUCAUCGGCAACCCGAUCAACGGCGCUAUACUGGGUCAAGAUUACAUCUGGUGGAAAGGCGUGACGUUUGCCGGCGUCACGAUGCUCGCGGGAGGAGCGAUACUUGUACUCAUCAGGCUGAUUAAACUGCGAGAAAAAGCUUCAAGGUAGCUAUGUGGUUCCUUCACAGACCAUGUGCCACCACACGCUGUGUAUGGAUAGAUAUGUUUUUGGUUACGUUGUGUCUUUCCCAUAGGCCAAGCUCUAUCUCUGCUCCCGAAUGGCUUUCCCUUCGACCGGUGGAUACCAGGGAGGCCGCGGGUUGAUCAGAAAAAUGUUCCGUUCUGUUGAAGUGCUUGGCUUCCCGGGUGAGGGUACCACCGAAGAGAUUACGUGACGGUAGCAUUUGUCUGAUUGAUAUCUUCAAGCGAAGUAUCGGCAUACUCCAUCGGUGUGGGAAG